AUGAAUGCUCUAGGAGUGAAGAAUAUAACAACUUGUUUGAAGGCUACGGUUCAACAUAAGAAAUUGAGGAAGGAAAAACAAAUACCAAUUGAGGAAAAUGACGAUGAUUAUCGACCGUCAGAGGCUGAAGAUGGCAAUGACACUGAAUCCUAUGAUUCGUUUGAGCAUGAGCUGUUAGAGAUACCAUUGGGAGCUCGUUCACAAUCUCAUCAUGAGGAUCAAUUUGAUUUACAAGGAGACCCUGUUGAUAUAGAGAAGGCAAUGAACACAAAAUUUGGUCGGAGAUUGAGUAACCAUACCUAUAGGCUGCACAAACAAUUCAUGGAGUUGAAGGAGGCUAAAGGGGAGGAGUAUGCAAGAAACCACCCACCGAAGAAUGAACAAUCAAAGGCCAACAUCGCGAACAGAAAAAGGAUGUAUACAAAACAUAGAUGUGGUUCUAGGUCAAUCCCUGUUAGAGUAGAAAAACUGGCACGAGAAAAGAAGAUGCUACCUGAUCUAGCAGAGUUGUACAAGGAAACUCACUAUAAUGAGAAAACACAUGAGUGGAUCUCAUCUCAAGCUCAGUGUAAUUAUGAAAAUAUGAUACAGACACAGGCUGAUCACCUCUCACAGCCGGGAUCAAUCCCUUUGACUGCAGAAGAGCUGUCAAUUAAAGUCCUAAAGCCAAGGUCUGGCUAUGUGAAGGGACUUGGCAUGAGACCUUCAUCCUCUAUUAGGAGGACCACUACCAUAUAUGCUGAAACAAAUGAUUAUGUGAAGCAUCUUGAGAUGCAAAUAGAGACACAGAAGGAACAAAUACAAAUGCAGAACAAUAAAAUAGAAGAUCUUGAAGAGGGUAAGAAGAAGCAGGGGGAGAUAAUGGCUGAUGUUGUCAACUUUUUGAGGACCAAAGGAUUCACUGGACACUUUGGAAGUGGAAGGGACUCAUCCACAAGUGGACAUACUUCUUGGUAA